GAGCGACGUUUUGGCUGCGUCGUUGAUCGACUUGCCGCACUCUUAAGGGCAGUGCUUAUUCCUCUUGAUAGCAGGCAAGCAAAGGGUGCGAAGAAUGCUGCGUUGGUCUCGCUUGCUGCGGGAGAUGGCGCCGGAGCUGCAGCUAGAGUACAUCCCGGUCAUCUUCACCCGCACCAUCCUCGGCCCUCAGGGCGGCUUCGCCGGAGAGGAGCGUCUGGUCAAACGUGAGGUGGCGCAGAAGUACUUGACCGAGGGUAACGCCGUCACCCCCAAUGCGGAGUUUCGCCAAGGUGUGUGGUGCUACAACCCUGACUCGGAACAGUACGACCGCUUUGUGGAGCGCAACGCGGAGUUCCUCGACUUUGCCGCGCGUAAGCGGCAGUGGUUGGACGUGUACUGGCGCGUGAACACCGGCUACCUGCUCUUUGGGCGCCAGAGCUGGGGCCAGGGCUGGCUGCUGAAUUGUCCGUUGCGCAAAAAGGACGUGACGCAGAAGCUGUGGGAGCAGUAUAAGGUGCGCGUGGAUCCACGGCUGAUUGAGUUUAGAGAGAAAGACAGGCGCACAGGAAUUCAGGACUUAGGCCACAACUGGUGCUGGCUGUACCUCCCCGGUGCCGAGGAGCUCGCCAUUGACCGCGAAGUGUACGACAACAAGCGUGUCAAGGUGCGUAUGCACAUCCGAAAGAUGACUAGCUAUAGUGCACUGUAUUAG